UAUUUAAAGGACAAGAUGUCAAACAACAACAAGAAAGAGAUACCACCAUUUGAGGACCUGUCAGGUCCAGAGGCUCCAAACAGAAGAGAGACACAUGAGCAGUACUUGAAGAGAAGAGAGGUCGAAGAGAGGGAAGGCAAGGAAGUAUUCCUGCGAGAGGGCAUCAAAGGUGGCUUGCUUUACACCGCUGUAACCGCAUCAGUAGUAGCAGUUGGUUCACUAAUAUCACCAAAGUUUAGAAAGACAUUGUCUUGGAAUAUUAGAACAUUCAUUGUGUCGUCUGGCUUUGUUGCUGGAUUCUGGAUAUGGGGUGAAACUAGAUCGAGAGAUCUGAUCCACAGUCGUAUCUACAGGGAUAUGGACAAUUUCUACAACAAGGGAGAACUUCCAAACAGUAAUCAUAUCACUAGCACUAACAACAACAACAACACCAACAGCCAC